CAAAGUUCCCUCCUUCAUCCGUCUCUUGGCACCUGAAGGGUCUCUAGAAGUCCAUGAGGAAGCCUGGAAUGCAUACCCCUACUGUAGAACAAUUAUUACGAACCCAGGCUAUAUGAAGAAAAACUUUGUAAUAUGCAUUGAGACACUUCACGUGGCUGAUACAGGGAACAUGGAAAAUGCACAUGAACUCACCGGUGAAAAAUUUAAAUUACGUGAGGUAGUACCUAUUGACAUUGCCAAUGACCCAGUUAAGUCUUCAGAUUACAAAGCUGAUGAAGACCCGACCAAAUUCAGGUCUGAAAAGACUGGUCGUGGGCCACUGGUAGGCCCAGAGUGGUGGAAAAAGUGUGAUCCAGUGAUGACAUGCUAUAAGCUAGUGACAUGUGAGUUCAAGUGGUUUGGACUACAGACACGUGUGGAGAAGUUCAUCCAGGACAUUGAGCGUAGACUUUUCACCAACUUUCAUAGGCAAGUGUUCUGUUGGAUGGACAGAUGGCAUGGAAUGACCAUGGAUGACAUCCGCCGCUUAGAAGAUAAAACAAAGGAUGAGCUAGAUAGUCAAAGACAGCAGGGUGAAGUACGGGGCACCAAAGGCGAGUAAAGGAUGAUCCAAACAUCUUUACUUGCACUGGAUCAUGCUGGGAGCCCAGGCUGCUAGCUCCAACCCUGCCAUAUUAUAUGAUGUUCAGGAUACUGUGAUCCAUGCCAGCUCUGCACUGAGCAAGAUACAGAGGCAAGCAAGCAGUGUACAGGCAUCCCACCUCUUCCAUGUGAUGGUGUGCACUGGAACCUCCUGGAGUCCUGUUAAUGCGAGCUUGAAACCAGGCAAAACCCAAGUUGGAAUUACUCACAGUCUCUGUUAGUAUUAAUUUGAAUUGUAAUUGAGGUUAUCUAAGACUUUUUUUUUUAUUACUAUCAUCAUAGAUAUUUUUAUUCCUUUUUUUUUUUUUUCAUCUCGGUGAUUUUUAUUGUAAGAUUAUAUAAGUCGUGGCAUGAAUACAAGGGGAUGCAAAGACAGUGAAGAGUGUCAGAGAAGAGUAUUAGCAGCCCUUAUUGCUUGUACAGUCUUGAAAGGGAAGAUUAUCCUUGUUGCUGGAUAGAAGCACUUUUAGCCCGUAGCAAAGGAGGACUGCAGACCUGCUAGUUCACAAACAUUUUUAUCAUAUAAGCACUACUUCUGUACUGCAACUGUGAAAUAUUACAUGUACCCCGAGUUACCAUGCGUCUGGGAUAGAUAGCUGUUUCGGGCAUGUGUCAGAUUCAGAUUAAAAGUUUUACUACCAUAUAUUUGGGCAUGAAAUGAAAUUAUUUAGUUUCUGCUUGUAAGAUGGAGAUUGUCUUGGGAAUAACAAAAAUUGUUUUAAAAUCAAAUUUUGUUCAGUGUUGAGGUUGGUACAUGCUCGCAGUAAGAAUUUUACGUUUCCAAGUUAAAAGUUGGGAUUUUUAUUUUAAUAAAAUAUCUAUUGGAAUCAAAAUUAAAGGGUUCUGACAAGUAGAGUGUAAGGUUGACUUGUUCACAUUUUAACUUGUAUUUUACUUGAUUUUGUAUGUUACAAGUGAGCUAUCUUUGCUAUUCAGUAAUUUAAAAGCAGGACUUUCCCUGAUGUAUGGUACAGGACCUUUACCAAUGAUGUUUGGCAACACAAUACUUCAUUCCUUAUAGUCCAGUGUGAUGUAAAAAGAGUGCAACUUGAUCUUUGAUUAAUUUUGAGUAAAACAUGUGAGGAACUUACCAGAAUAGUCAGGUUAAGUUAGUAGGCACUCUUGAUUCUCUCUAUUCUAGACAGAAUAGUUGACCUUUAUGGUUAUUAUGUAUUAUUCAGGAAUACAAAUAACAUGUAUAAUGGAAACAGAUGAAAGCUCUUUAGAUAAUACAUAUGAUUUGAUCUGUGCCAUGUACAUGCUGUUUUGUAUUUGGUGCCUCUUGAGAUUUAAUUAAUGAAAUUUAGUGGUGGGUUGGGUGGGUAAAUAUCAUUAUUGCCACACUAAAUUGAAAGCCAGUGAAAUUGUGAUUGUGUCCCUUGCUCAUUCAUGCAUUGCAUGGAAAAGUUAAAUGAAUACAAGUUAGGACUUACAAUUUUUAGGGAUAAUUUGAAAUUAAAACCUUGUUGAUAAUCUAUAAAAUGAUAAUGACUAUUAAAAGGUAUGGCAAAUAUA